UCCCGCCCCGAGGCUCGGUACCCCUGGGCCGCCUUCCUCCCGCGUCCGUCUGCGCUCGCGCCGCCGCGGCUUCUGGAGGGUCUCGCACCAGCUGCCGGCGCCCAGGGAUGAACCGGGCCCUCACUCUGGAAGGUCGGGCGGCGAGCAGCAACGAAGGCUGAACCCUCAGUGGCAGCAUGAGAGCGGGCACCGCCGCUCCGGGCUUGCGGCCGCGCGGCGGGCGGCGGCGGCUCUGCCGGCGCUCGCCAUGGGCGCGCGGUGGGGCCGGCGGCGCACUCGGCGUGGAGGCCUGAGGCUGUCCGAGGCCCAGGUGGCGCUGAUGGCCGCCAGCCUGGUGUGCAGCGCCGUGGUCGUCUAUGUUUGCUGGAAGCAGCUGCCGCCGCUGCCCUGGACCUCCUCCGUCCCGCCGCGGCGGGUGAGCGUGCUGCUGUGGUGGGAGCCCUUCGGGGGCCGGCACAGAGCCAAAAGGCUGCCCCCUGAUUGCCGGCUGCGCUUCAACAUCAGCGGCUGCCGCCUGCUCACUGAUCGCGCGGCCUACGGGGAGGCCCAGGCGGUGCUUUUCCACCACCGAGACUUGGUGAAGGGACCCCCGGACUGGCCCCCGCCCUGGGGCGUCCACGUGCGCCCGGCGGAGGAGCAGCAGGUGCUGAUCGACGACGAGGAGGAAGCCGCGGAGGCCUUAGCCCUGGCUGCCUCGGGCCCCAGGCCCCCGGGCCAGCGCUGGGUGUGGAUGAACUUCGAGUCACCCACCCACUCCCCGGGGCUGCAGAGCCUGGCACGUAACCUCUUCAACUGGACGCUCUCCUACCCGGCCGACUCGGACAUCUUCGUGCCUUAUGGCUACCUCUACCCUAGGACCCAUCCCAGCGAGCAGCCGGCGGGUCUGGUCCCGCCGCUGGCCCGGAAACAAGGGCUGGUGGCCUGGGUGGUGAGCAACUGGGACGAGCGCCAGGCGCGGGUCCGCUACUACCGCCAGCUGAGCCAGUACGUGACCGUGGACCUCUUCGGCAAGGGCGGGCCCGGGCAGCCGCUGCCUGACGUCGGGCUCCUGCACACGGUGGCCCGCUACAAGUUCUACCUGGCCUUCGAGAAUUCGCAGCACCUGGAUUAUAUCACGGAGAAGCUGUGGCGCAACGCCUUCCUGGCUGGGGCGGUGCCGGUGGUGCUGGGCCCAGACCGUGCCAAUUACGAGCGCUUCGUGCCCCGCCGUGCCUUCAUCCACGUGGACGACUUCCCUGAUGCCUCCUCCCUGGCGGCCCACCUGCAAUUCCUCGAUCGAAACCCAGCUGCCUACCGCGGAUACUUUAGCUGGCGUCGGAGCUAUGCCGUGCACGUCACCUCCUUCUGGGAUGAGCCUUGGUGCCGGACCUGCCAGGCUGUGCGGAUGGCUGGGGACCAGCCCAAGAGCGUCCCUAACUUGGCUGGCUGGUUUCAGCGGUGAAGCCACCUUCCCCUGGCUGUAACCCAGGGAGGCCAAGUCGUCGGCUUUUGGAUCCUCCGGAUCCUCCGCUGUGCAUCUCCUUAACUGCCGAAUCACGGGACUGUAUUUUCCAAACACCCGUUUUUAAUCUAUUCCCAUAGACUAAAGCUGAUUUACCAAGUAAUAUUAUUCAGCACAAAGACUGGGAGGGAAGGGUCCUGGGUGCUCAUGGUUUUUGGACAACUAGCAGUUGGGCUUCCUCUGCUGUCCAAGGGCAUCUGAGCUCUGGGGUUAAGAUGGGGGCCCUUCCUCCCCUUGUAACCAGUGCAGAGGUGAAGAAACAGCUUACCUACAAGAAACAAUUGUCAGUGGCUCUGAAUUUCUUCAUCUGCCACAGGCCAUAUUUGUGGCCUGUGCUGAGUCCAAAUCUCACACAGUGCUCGUUCACUCAUGUGACUGGGCCAAAUGCGGCAAACCCCUGGUUUCAGAUAGAGCCUUGUUGCGGGAUAGUGAAAGGACUGUGGCCACAAGUGGGUCUUUCUCUUUGUGCCUGGAUUUCUCAAAGCGUCAUCUCCUAAGAAGGGUGAGGAGGGUGGUCCAAGAAUCCAUUGACUUCCUUAACAGGUGCUGUUGUUUGUUCCCUUGCUCUAUGAAUGGAAACAAGAUGCUGGAUUGUCCUUGGAGAAGAGUUAGGAUGAAUAUUUGGUGUACCUCACUUUACACAAAUGUAUUCUUGAAAAGCCGCUUUUAAAUCAAAUUCACUGUUUUAGAAGAGCGCAGUAUUUAAUGGAACCCUAUGGAGAAUCCCUUUAUAAUGUGAAUAAUCAUCUCCUAACUGAUUUUUUCUGUGUCUAUGUUUUUCUUUAACCUGGAUCUUUUAAAAAAGCAUAUUAAAAUUACAGAUGUGAAAAUAAAGCAGAAGCGACCUUCCUCUCCCUUCCUCCCAGAAAACCAGCCUGUGUUUACAAACAGAAGAGAAGGAAGCCAUAGUGUCACUUUCCACAAAAUUAUUUAUUUUGUGUCUUUACUGGAGCUGAAAUUUAAAACUGGAAAGUCAGUCCUCCAUGGGGUCCUGGCAUUACCUGUCUGCAGAACAAUGAAAGGGAUUGCACUGUAUUAUGGAAUCAUGCAAAAGGAAAAACGUUUCCUGGUGUCUGUUAAUGGCAGUUUUUGAUUCUGUCAGUUUUAAGUUAAAUGUUUAGUUGCUAGGGAACAGAACUAAAUCAGUGCCUGCAGUAAAAACUUUAUCUUUUGUUACAGAAAUCUGCGCUUCUCCCUGGGGCCACCAGGUUCCCCUCCUGGUCUGCCCAGUAGUACAGUGGGUACAUCCUCACAUUUCUACUGCCCCUGAGACUGUGCUAUGGGACCAACUUUGAAAAUAUAUGCAUUGACUUUAAAAGUUGUUGAAUGAGCAGCAUAUUAGGUGUCACCAUGUACCUGCGCCAUGUGAAACACUGAGCUUGGGAAAAACAAAAAUGUAUAAGGCAAGGUUCCUCUCUUUAAGGCUCUUACAGUCUACCACUGUCAAAAAGUAAAUAGUGGACUUUGAUAAAUCAGUUGGCAGAACUUAUUUGUUUAAAGUAAUGUUCUUUUUUAAAAAAUUAGUUAAUUUAUUUUUGGCUGUGUUGGGUCUUCGUUACAGUGCGCGGGCUUCUUAUUGCGGUGGCUUCUCAUUGUGGAGCACAGGCUUUAGGCGCCCAGGCUUCAGUAGUUGUGGCACACGGGCUCAGUAGUUGUGGCACAUGGGCUCUAGAGCACAGGCUCAGUAGCUGUGGUGCAUGGGCUUAGUUGCUCCGCGUCAUGUGGGAUCUUCCCGGACCAGGGCUCAAACCCAUGUCCCCUGCAUUGGCAGGCGGAUUCUCAACCACUGUGCCACCAGGGAAGCCCCAGGCUACUCUUUGUUGAGGUGCGCGGGCUUCUCAAUGUGGUGGCUUCUCUUGUUGUGGAGCACGGGCUCUAGGCACGUGGGCUUCAGUAGUUGUGGCACGCGGGUUCAGUAGUUGUAGCUCGCGGGCUCUAGAGUGCAGGCUCAGUAGUUAUGGCGCACGGGCUUAGUUGCUCUGCCCGUGUCCCCUGAAUUGGCAGGCAGAUUCUUAACCACUGUGCUACCAGGGAAGCCCCCUUUUUUUUUUUGAUUUACAUAUAGUUGACUUACAGUGUUGUGUUAGUUUCAGGUGUAGAGCAAAGUGAUUCAGUUAAUAUAUAUAUUAUAUAUGUAGUAUAUAUAUAUAAUAUAUAUUCUAUAUAACAUAUAUAUUAUAGAUAAUAUAUAUUCUUUUUCGGAUUCUUUUCCAUUAUAGGUUAUUACAAGAUAUAGAAUAUAGUUCCCUGUGCUAUACAGUGGAUCCUUGUUGUUUAUCUGUUUUAUAUAUAGUAUUGUGUAUCUGUUAAUCCCAAACUCCUAAUUUGGGGGGGAGGGAUAAAUUAGGAGUAAAGUGACAUUCUUAAUAAUACCAUAAAUCAAUUAUUAGAAAGCAAGUUGAUUUAAAGCCUGAAAUAAUGUGUUUUUUUUUCUCCUUGAUUUAUUAUAAUAAGCACCCUCAGUGACCGUUGUGGGUAAGGUCCAAGAUUAAUUAGGUUUAUACAGAAUUCUGCUGUAAACAGUAAUUUUGCAUGUGAUUAGUACAAUUAGCUGAAUCAUAAAGUAACUUUUAUCUCUAUGCAAUUGUUCGAAAAGCUCACCAAAGUCUAGGUGCUUCAAUUCUCCCUUUCUCUUAAAAGGAGAAAUUGAAAUCCCUGGAUAAAAUUUCCUCAUUAAAAUAUUAUAGUAUGGGCAGAAUUGCAAUAUCAAAAGAGAACCUCCAAUAAAGAAGGAAAGAUUCUAUUCUUAAAAUCAGUAUUUAUGAUUUAUUGGUCAAUGGUCUUGGUGUUAUUGGGAAUCUACAUGGGACAGUGGGGGAUAGUUUGGAGUUUGAAGGUAAUCUGGCUUAACUCUGAAUUCCAGCCAUGUGACCUUGGGCAAAUUAGUAAUAACCCUGAGCCUCAGCUUUCUUAACUGUAAAAUGGGGCCAGAAAUGACUUCACAGCUCCUUAUGAGCUGUUCAGGUAAUAAAGUAAUAAGGUGCCUAACACAGCGGUGACUCAGUUGGUGACAGACAGGUUUAUUUCCCUUCUUGCAGUGACUUCAGGGUGCCUCCAUGGAUUGCAGAAUUAAAUCUCAGGGUAUGUUACAGAAUAUAUCUAAAAUAAAAAGGAAGUGGCCUCAGAGCAUGUAUUUCAAAUGAAUCCCUAAAGCUCAGCCAUACUAUUUCAAGAGUCAUUACUGCCAUUUAGAUUGAGCUUGAAUUUGCAGACUAGGAAGAAGCACUACGCUUUCUUUGAAAUUUUUUUUUAAAAACUUGUUUUUGUUUUGGUUAAUUUAUAUUGUUAAAUAAGUAUUAUUUUACUAAUGCUCUCCUUGGUAUUAACUCUAUUUAAAACUAACCAUGUAUUUAUUGAAUAGUUAGCAUGAGGAAGGUACAAUUGCAGUUUUAUGUGCAAAUUUGGGGUAAGGAACAAACUAUAUUUUUAGGCUAAUUUCAUCAAAGAGCAAGAGAAAUGCAGCAAUUGCUCAUUUUAUGUGAUUUCAUUUUUCAAGUCAUUCUAAAUUGAGUAGGUUAAAAUUUCACAUAUGCUAAUAUAAAAAUACAUAGAGAUGCAUCACAUUAUUUCAAAAUGGCUUUCAUAAACUUUUCUUUCAAAUGUAUUACAAAUUUAAUUUAAUAUUUUUAGUGCUUGAUGACUUUAAUUACACGAGUACGCCUGAAAUAUUUGCAUCAAGAAGACAGUCUGACUUGCUUUCAGUAUUCACAGGUCCUUUCCAGUUUCCAAACCCUUCCUCAGCAGUAAUUUAGAGGAGACAGGGUAGCUGCAUGGAAAGAGCUCGCAAUUUGGAGUCAAAACCUGGGUAUGUGGUUUUGCCACUUUCUGCCCCUGUGGCCCUGAUUAGGCGAGUUACUUAAAUUAGCGUCCUCCUUUAUAUGCAUGAAUGCCCCUGCAAAACAAAGAUUAAAUGUGUUUGCCAGGGUGCUUUGUACAUUGUAAAGUGCUAUACAGUUACAGGAUGCUCCAAAUUUUCAAAGCUCUAGAGCAGGGAUCAGCACACUUUUUCUGUAAAGGGCCAGAGAGUAGGUAUUUCAGGCUUUGCUGGCCAUACAGUCUCUGCGGCCACUACUCACCUCUGCUGUUGGUAGUACAAAAGCAGCCACUGACAAUCUGUAAACAAAGGCAGUGCCUGGAUUUGGCCUGUGGGCUAUAGUUUGUUAACUCUGCUCUAGACUUUUAGAGAUAGGAGGAAUUUGAGAACCUACCUGCUGGGGUUUUCUUAGAAGGGAUUUACGAAUUGGAAGUAGAGAAUUUUGGAGGCAGUUAUUCCUGGGUUACUAGACCAGCUUUGCAACGUUUCCUAAUUGUCUCAUCUCGGGUAAAUUAUUUAAGCUUUCUGUGUAUUGAUAUUCUCAUCUCUAAUUGAAGGUAACCAUAUAUAAUUUAUGGAGGUGUUGGGAGAAUUAGAAAAGACCCUUAAAGUACUCAAGACAAUGUCGGGCACACAGGAAGCACCUGGAAGAUGUUAGCUGUGAUGAUCACCAGUCCAUUUUAUAGAAGAAGGGACCUGGUUAAGGACUUACCUAAGGUUACAGCAAUAGCGGCAGAACCAGCCGUGCUUGUGCAAGUCACAACUCCUUUGAGCCUCUGUCACUUGAACUGCAAAAGGAAGGGGUGGGACAACAUCUUCUCUUGGGACCUUCUAGUUCCAUUGCCCUCAUUCUACUAACUGGCACCCUAGGGCUUAAAGAACUAAUUUACCUCCCUAAGUGCCUUCCUUACAGUCUGGAAAUGACUUAACUACACAGCAUCAGUAAACUGGCAGAAAAUCCAGGCACCAGAGAGGGAGACUCUGAUGUAGCAUUAAUAAAAUAUAUAUCUAUUUAUAUAUAAUAUGUAAUUAUUAUAUUUUAUAGAUGUGUGUAUAUAUGAUAUAUAUCGUUUUUUAAUAACAUGCCUUAAAUAUCAGGGAAGGGAGCCAAUUUCUUGGUAAUUAGUAUGGUGAAUAAUUGCACUGAAUACAGUUCAAGUCAUUCUUGGAUAUGUCUCAGGGACUCUUAUGCUACACAUUCUUAUAACAAAUCAAGUAUUUAUGUACCCAUGUUCAGAUUGUUUUGACAAAAUGAUUAAAGAUGGAAAAUGA